UUGUUCGUCGUAUGAUGUCUACCCCUCACUCACGGAAGAAGAUCUGCUACUAUUAUGACAGUGAUGUCGGUAACUACUAUUACGGCCAGGGCCACCCAAUGAAACCCCAUCGCAUUAGAAUGGCGCACAACUUAAUUUUAAAUUAUGGAAUGUAUCGGAAAAUGGAGAUCUACCGUCCUCAAAAAGCACGUUAUGACGAUAUCACGAGGUAUCAUAGCGAUGAUUACAUCAUGUUUCUGCGAAGCAUCCGACCAGAAAACAUGCCCGAAUACGCCAAACAGAUGCAGAGAUUUAACGUGGGUGAAGACUGUCCCGUAUUUGAUGGUUUGUACGAAUUCUGCACAAUUUCCGCUGGAGGAUCGAUUGCCGCUGCGAUGAAGUUAAAUCGGCGUCAUACGGAUAUCGCGAUCAAUUGGGCUGGCGGUUUGCAUCACGCGAAGAAAUGUGAAGCCUCUGGAUUUUGCUACGUGAAUGACAUCGUCUUGGCUAUUCUAGAACUGCUGAAGUUCCAUCAGCGGGUUCUCUAUGUCGAUGUAGACUGUCACCACGGUGAUGGUGUCGAAGAAGCGUUUUACACAACCGACCGAGUAAUGACUUUGUCAUUUCAUAAAUAUGGUGAAUACUUUCCGGGAACAGGCGACUUGAAGGACAUUGGCGCUGGUCAUGGCAAGUUUUAUGCUGUUAACUUUCCGCUUCGCGACGGAAUUGACGAUGAUUCGUAUCAGUCAAUAUUUCAGCCGAUAGUAACAAAAGUUAUGGAAAGUUUCCAGCCUAGUGCCAUCGUGAUGCAGUGUGGAGCUGAUUCAUUAACUGGCGACAGGCUGGGUUGCCUUAAUUUGACCGUAAAAGGUCAUGGCCGAUGUGUGGAUUUUAUCAAGAGACAAAACAUGCCACUGUUGCUUCUUGGCGGUGGUGGGUAUACUGUCCGUAACGUCGCUCGAUGCUGGACUUAUGAAACUUCUGUUGCCAUUGACGCCGACAUUCCAAACGCUAUUCCGGAGGACGCCAUUAAAGAUCUAGAUGACGAAGAUGAAGAAAAAGUCAACCCUGAUCAGCGAUUACCAAGUACGCAAAGUUUGUAUACGUCAGUCUGGUAUUUCCAUGUCACUGUAACGCCACAAGUUAAGUAAUU